AUGGGCAACGGAGCUGCAGCAGGAGACGGUCAUGGCGGCGCUGACGGAGGUCACGGUGGUGCCGAUGGAGCCUUUGAAGGUGGCCGAAGAACCUCAUUAAGCAGUGCAAGCGAAGCCGAUUUUAGCGAACGUCAAACACAUCCACCACGACCACCGCUCAACAGAAAUGAUACCACAGACGACCCAACGUUAUCUCGCAACUCGACUGACGAUGAGGGGUACAUCCCGGCCCAAGUUCCGUUGGAAAUACUGGCAGGCAAGUUUCUUUAUUGUCAUGGCAACGCUCUCGUCACAAACUACACGGAUCACGAUCAAUUCGACUGGGCUGGUGGCGAAGACGACGACGAAGAGGAAAAAAACGAAAAGAACAAGACCAAAACGCACAAACCGCCUGGCGUUGUGCUGUGCUUAUCGCGCAACUCGUCAUACAUCGCGUGGUCACUGUUGAUCCUGUUUGCCUUGAUUCUGAUUGCCAUCGAUGUUGCCGUCUUUGUUGCCUACGAAAAUGACGCGUCCAUGGUGUCCUACAACCUGCAGCUUUGGUUUACCUGGGCCGCAUUUAUGUGGUGUGUCAGUAUCCUAAUCCAGCUCGUUGUUGAACUCGUGCCCUGGGCCAUCAAGCGUCUGGUUGGCUUCUUGCGACCCCAGUCAACCGAAGUGCUACGUAUGCGCCUUGCUUAUUAUAUGGCCUUGCGCCCGUUUCUAAAGGCGCUCAUUGUAUCAGCCUGGAACUGGGGCUCCUGGGCAUUCAUCCGGAACCAGCUUGCAUUGCCAGCAGAUCAGAAUCGGCCUGACUAUGUUGAUGACUUUUACAGUGUCUGGCAGUGUGUCUUUUUCGCGGCGCUAAUGCUAUUUAUUGAGAAAUUUGUUCUGCAAUUGAUUGUCACGUCCUUUCACAAGAAAGCAUACGGUGAACGCAUUGGUGAAAACGAUCAUGCACUCAAAAUCCUGGAUCGUCUUAAAAAGACCAAGCGAAAAGCACCUCAGGAUUUCAUUUUCAAGCGUAUGCGACGGAGUAAAGAACGACCGGCAAAGACGAGUCGAUCCAACUCAACAGACGAAUCGCCACCACACAGUAAGAAAGCAAACGAGAACGGGAACGGAGGACAGACCCAAUCCAUCAUGCGAGCCGAAGACGGCACGGGUCGCGGCAACGUGCAUUUUCCGACGAACAACAUGGAUACGUUGAUCGCUAUUCCCGCUUUGGAAUCACGAUCCGACGACGAAAAGAUUCUGGAAAUCGAUGAAAAGUCCUACUCGCCCGAAAUACCACAGGAGCAACAUCAACAACAACAACAGCAACAGCGUAAUGAAGAUACAGAUCGACGCGGCUCGUCUGACUUUGUUACCAGCCUAACCCGCCGUCUCCGUGAAGCUAAAGCCAACAAAAAGCAGCAGAAGCAGCAGCAACAGUCGGUGACAUCGCCUCCUCAAGUCGAUUCACCUCCACCCUUGACGCGUACCAGCACGUGGAUGUCAUUUCCAAGCGACGACCGGUCGUUCCUGAAGGCCACUAACAAUACCGCAUCUAUUCCUGGUCGCCUCUUGAAAGGCGGGUUUAAAAAACUGCGUUCUCAAUCGAACAAUAUUGUGGCACCACAGGGCACGUCGCGUCAGGCCAAGGUUUUGGCAAAACGUAUCUUUCACAAUAUCGUUGGCACGAGUGGUCGACAUAGCAUCAGUGAAAAAGACCUGUAUCCAUUUUUCCGCACCCAUCAGGAAGCUGCGUCUGCAUUCCAGCUGUUUGAUCGCGACGGUAAUGGUUCUAUCGACAAGGGCGAGCUGCGCUCCGCUUGCGUGAGAAUCUACAGAGAGCGGAAAAAUUUGGCGACUUCAAUGCGUGAUCUGUCGCAAGCAACGGGCAAGCUAGAUAUCAUUCUGUUGGUUAUUUUUGUCGCCAUUUGGGUCAUUAUUGUGUGUGCUUCGUUCGGUGUCGAUGUAGGCACACAGCUUAUGCCUUUGUGGAGUGCUUUCAUUGCUGCUAGUUUCGUCUUUGGUAACAGCGCAAAAGAUGCGUUCGAAUCGAUCAUUUUCGUGUUUGUCACGCAUCCUUUCGAUGCAGGUGAUCGUGUAUUUAUUGGCGAAGAGAACUGGGUUGUUGACCAGGUCGGCCUGUUGGUCUCUACCUUCAUUAAAUGGGACGGUUCUGUUGUAUACGCCAAAAACUCUGUACUAUCUACACAAUAUAUCAUCAACGUUCGUCGAACAGGCAUCACUGGCGAAACAGUUGAUAUACAUAUUGCAUUUACCACACCGUCCUGGAAGAUCCAUCGUUUGCGUGAUCAUAUGAUGGAAUGGACCAACCAAUUCCCUCAUUUAUACAAUGUCAACGGCACCACUGCCAACAUUAUCUCGUUUGAAAACCAGAACCGUAUCACUGUCACCAUGUACUUUGAACACAACAAGAACUGGCAAGACUUGGGCGAUCGAUGGCUUCGUCACAACAACUUUAUGAUGGAGCUCAAGGACGAGUGCGAUCGUUUGGACAUCUACUAUGUCUUGCCUUCGCAGCCUUUCGAAAGCUCGAAAAAGGAAUGCCCGCCAGAAACUAACAAUAUGGGUAAGAAGAAGUCGUACGGUCAAGAAGGCAUGCGCGUGCGUCAAGGUUUCCCUGGCGGAGGUGACGACGAUGACAGUCAGUUCCGUGGAGACAGCGGUGGACCUGGUGGACCUGGUGGACCAGGAGGCAACGAUAAUUCUGGAGCUGAAGCAGGCGCGGCUGCUGCUCUUGUAUUUACGACAGGGGCAAUGUAA